UUAAAACCAAGACUGAAGUCGAUGGAAUGGAAUCAUAAACAAACAUAGGAAGACAAUAUGAAAUACGUGAGGUGUUCCUAAUUAUUGCACCAUUUUAAAACCCCAAGACUGAAGUAGACGUCCUGUGACUCGUCGUCGAUGCUGAGCAAGAACAGCAGAACAUCUACAGCCAUGGGUGGGACUAGGAGACUUUUCGUCUUCGGGCUUGAGCUGCUGGUCCUCUUGAGCCUUGCCACAGCCCAAUUGAUGCCAUUCACCUUCCCCUGUUCAUACAGCAGUGCAUCGGAUGAGGGUGGAGAUGAGGAAGGAGAAGUAGCACUUUCCAUCAGUAUCCAUGGCAACCCCAGUCACUAUGUUCCUCAAGAUAUAUACCAAGUGACACUUUCCAGCAGCAGCGACUUUACCCAGGUGCAAGUGAUCGGUCUCUAUGAAUCGUCUACGGCCCAAGCCCUGCCACAACUAUCAAGCUUUGGUCUCCUAAGUCCUGCAUCCUCAGUCUGUACCAUGAUCCAUCAGUACCAUAGUCUGUCGGCUCAGAGACACAGCACCUUCCUGUGGAUUGCACCUCCUGCUGGUACAGGCUGCAUCAAUUUCAUGGUGACAGCAGUGUCCUACCAGCAUCUUCUUUUCAAGGAUGUGAUGGCCCUGCAGCUCUGUGAGGCAGGCAUGCCUACUCCAUCUCCCUUCAGACCACAACUAGCAAUGAUACACAGUGAUGGGGUGAUUCUCAGAGAUGACUUUGAUUCUUCACCUGAACUGGACUACACAAUAUGGUCAGAGAUAUAUGGAGGUAACAUCAGUGAUGCGUGUGGGGCUGUCCUUCAUGGCAACUCCGCCCUAUUCUGUGAUUCCUUUGGACAGCGAGAGCUCAACACCGUUCAUCUUAACACAACUACUGCUUCAGCUCUCCAAUUUGCCAUCAGCUCAGGUCACUGUAAACCAGGAAUUGACGAUUACAGUAUCACUGUUUCCUUUGCCGUUAAUACCAAGGUUGAUUGGCAUAUUAUUGAUAAGAUCAGGGCGCCCUCUGAUGGCAGCACCAGCAUCCACAUCGUCCACCUGCCUGUAGCAGCAAGGACUGAAGAGGUCUCCCUUCGCUUCCAUCAGGACCUCGCCAUGGAUGCCCAUCAUUACAGAGGCUGCUGGGCAUUGGACAACGUCCUCAUCACCAACAUGGCUCAUAGACCGACUUCACUUCAGGAGGACUUUGAUCCAGUAGACCCAACCAGUUGGCUCUUCUUCCCAAAUGGUGCCAUUAGAGAGUAUUGUCAGUCCAGUGGGAAUGCCCUUUGUUUCCAUGGUGAUGAAGAAACAGAGACCGAUGAAUACCAGUUUGUCACUUCUCAAGACCUCAACCUGUGGCAAGAUAUUGGUCAUCCAGGCUUUUCUGAGACAUUUGAGUCCAUCGAGGAUCUAAAUGAUUGGGAAGUGAGCGGUGCAGAGGCCAGCCAGAUGUGUGAUGUAGUACAUUCUAACAACUCACUCGUCAUGAACGGCUUGGACGAGAGACUAGUCUGCACUCCAUACCUCAAUACAACGAACAUGGGCAACCUUCGCUUUUACUACAUCAUGGGUGGUGGAUCAUGUGACCCUGCAGACUCUGAGCUAGUCCAGGUCUCUGUGUAUGCCCAGGUGUCUGGCAAUGACGCACCAGUACUGCUACACAUCUUACCCCAUGAUUCACACAAGAAACCACAGCUAGUCUCGGUAGCCCUCCCACCCACGACCCAGUCUUCAUCCACUAAGUUCUGCCUCUCCCAACCCCGCCACAAUGGCUUGAAUCGAAACGUGUGGGCCAUCGACGACCUCCUCCUUCUGCCGAUCCAGCCAUCGUAUCCCACAAUGCAUCUGCAGUUCGGCCUGAACCUGCGUUGCGGAUCAGAAGCAGAUGAUACAGAGGUCAGGGUGGAGUUUUCAACAGACAUGGGACGGUCGUGGUCUCUCGUUCGUCAGGAAUGUCUACCCGGUGUGUGUGAUGGUGUGAUGACACCUGAUGAUAGCGUGUACACGACGGGAGACUUUUCUGGAAGAUGGAGAAGGAUCACCAUUCCUCUUCCUACAGCUGCAUUGAUGAAGCAUACCAGGUUCAGAUGGCGUCAGAGUGUUCAUGAUUCCUCAAAUACUAAAUGGGCCAUUGAUAAUGUUUAUAUUGGUGAUGCCUGUGGACCCUUAAUGUGUAAUGGACAUGGAAGAUGCACACACUUGGGAUGCAGGUGCGAUCAGGGGUACUCCGGAGUCGCCUGUCAGAUCGCUGUGGGCUUCUUGCCAGGUAACAUGACAGAGAACUUUGAGAUGUUUAACUCAGACUUUGAUGAGAAUGAGAAGUUCAGUGUCAUCCAAGGAGGAUCUACUGGGUAUGGAUGUGGAGUCCUAGCAUCAAGCAAAGCUUUGGUCUUUAAUCAGAAGGGACGAAGGGAGCUCAUCACUCAGGAGAUCAACACAACAAAUAUCAGAUAUUUGCAGUUCACAGUUCGGAUAGGCAGCCAUGGAUCAUCAUCAGGCACAUGUUCUCCAGCGCUCAACGCCUCUGAAUCUGUUCUCGUCCUGUCGUCCUGUGAUAAUGGGAACCAUUGGAAUCUCAUCAAAAUGCUAGAGUAUGAUGCUUAUAAGACGGCUAGAACUGUCCUUAUCCAUCUGAGCCCUGAGGCCCAGAGUGAUGCCUGUAUGAUAAGAUGGUGGCAGCCUUCAAGUGGAGGAGAGAACCAAGCAGUUUGGGCUUUGGAUGAUAUCUCCAUGACAACCAAACUCAGGAAUAACAUCAACCUGGACUUCAGUGACCAUAGGGAGGUGCGGAGAGCUCUUACAUUCCACACUGGUCAGAUUGGCGAGGCAUGCAAUAUCAGUCCUGCACUCAUAUUGCCAGGCCAGUCCCAUUCCAGCGGUGCAUCAAUCCUAGAGACUCACUCUCUUCAGGUUGGGGCUUCCUAUAUGAUACAGUUCUAUCUGGCUGUUGGCUGUGGACAACAGAGGAGACUUGGACAUGAUUACUCCAUUAAUCUGGAGUAUUCUACCGACCAUGGUUUGACGUGGCAUGAUGUAGUCCCACCCUGUAUGCCUGGUGAUGUAGGAUGUACAUCAUACAGACAAGGAUCUCAGUAUCACUCUACAGAGUAUACAGAAUGGACCAGGAUUAGUCUGCCUUUACCUGCAAGACUUAGGUUUGCAGUGACUAGGUUCAGGCUACGCCAAUCCCAUCAUGCCGAUGGAGCGACAUGGGCCAUUAGACAUCUGUAUGUAGGGGAGCAGUGUCCUGAUAUGUGCCGUGGGCAUGGUGUUUGCCAGGAAGGACUUUGCAGAUGUGACAGAGGCUACAGUGGAGUGAGUUGUCUGCCAGAUAACCCUAGACUGAACGCUAUACAAUCCAACUUUGAGGAGGCAGCUACGAUCAAUGCUGAUUGGUCCACCAUUCAGGGUGCAACCAUCAAGUGCACAGGUCAUGGAUGUGGCACCAUAUCUUCAGGAUGCUCUCUCUACUUCCAUGGUCCUGGUGUAAGACAGCUAGUCAGCCAUGAUAUGAGUACGGUAGAACCCAGCUAUAUCCAGUUCUACAUCAGGAUUGGUAGUGAUGAGGAGAGGAGUGCGUGUAGCAGGGCCACAGAGAGGGCAGAGGGUGUCCUACUCCAGUACUCCACAGAUGGUGGUAUCACAUGGCUGCACCUGCUGGAGCUAUACUACCAGGAUUAUACCAUGCCAAGAUUUGUUCGCAAGGAGCUGCCGGCAGGAGCUCAAUCUCCUGCAACCCGUUUCCGCUGGAGACAGCCUCAUCAUGCAGGAGCUUUCAAUAGCCAAUGGGCUGUAGAUGAUAUCUUCAUUGGCAAUGACUUCAGACUUCAGUCUCUGGAAGCCUCAUUUGUGAAUGACAGUCCACACCCAGACAUCUGGAUGUCCACCAGCAGUGGUCAGAUGGGUACAUUCUGCGGGUCAAGGGGUCCGGCCCUCUACUUUGAUGCCGUUGGUGAGGAUAGAUUCGCUGUCACCAGAUCAAUGCAGCUCACCACAAGGGAUGUUGUGCAGUUCAAGGUCGUGGUUGGAUGCCAAGAAGAGUUCUCCCACUUUGCUCCUGUCUACCUGGAGAAAUCCACCGAUGGAGGGCUCCACUGGGAGCUGGUAAGCACCCCUUGCUACCCCUUCUCAGAGGGAGAGGUACAGUGUGAUGGGCAGGGAGGAGAGCUGAGAGAUGGGAGCAUCUACCACUCUGGAAGGUACAAUGACUGGGGAUUGAUAGUGAUUCCUGUUCAAAGUGAUAUGACCCACAGCAACGUCCAGUUUCGUUGGUGGCAGGCUGGUGAUCCCCUUGCUCCAGCCUUUGGGUUGGAUGAUGUGUACAUCGGUCAGUCUUGCCCUGGUCACUGCAGUGGACAUGGGGUUUGUAGGAAUGGAGACUGUGAAUGUGACUCGGGAUAUCAUGGUACAUCCUGUACACCCAAGGGGUCCAAUCCACAGAGUUUCAUCGAUGGCUUUGAUACGAUGAGACCCCAGAGUGAUGGUCAGUGGUCUCAUACCUUGGGUGCUGACGUGGGUCAAGGGUGUGGGGUCAUCAAGAUGGACAACUCUCUCUACUUCAGCUCCACCGGACCAAGAGAAGCUCAGACAGAGCCUGUCAAUACUACUUCCAUCAAAAUCGUCCAGUUCUAUGUCCAGAUAGGUAGCAUGGACCAAGGUGACCAGUGCAUGCCAGCCAUGGAUCGCAGUGAGGCCAUCAUUGUCCAGUAUUCCAAUAAUUCUGGCAUCACAUGGCAUACACUGAAGGUUCUUGACCCCACUCAACUAGGUGAAAGGUCAACGCAGGUCACCAUAAGUUUGCCCUCUGGGGCUAAGACACCGGAUACUGUGUUCAGAUGGUGGCAGCCUUUUGUGUCCCUUGGUAUUCCAAGGGCACAGUGGGCGCUGGAUAACAUAGUGAUCGGUGCCAACGAGACCAGAUUGUAUGGCUUUGAGGAUACCUUCACUGGUGGUGCUAGUGAUAGCUGGUAUAUGACGAUGGGAGGACAGGCUAAGCCAUUCUGUGGGGCCCAAGAUGCGCUGGUCUUUGAUUCCACUAUAGGGGUACCUCGCUACACUGAGACCUGGGAUUUCCAUGUCACCAUGACUGCCUUCCUGCAGUUUGAACUAACCAUGGGUUGUGCAGGGGGCACACCAUCCCUCCCAGCCUAUGCUGUUCUGCUAGAGUACUCCUUGGACAUGGGACAGACGUGGCACCUGGUGGCGGAAGAAUGCAGUCCUCCAGACAUGGGGUGUGGUCGAUACGGGAUGAGCACAGUCUACCUGUCUCAGAUGCAUCAGGAUUGGACAAGGGUCACGGUCUAUCUGCCUGUAGCUGCUAUAUCCACGUCCACCAGGUUCCGAUGGCAUCAGCCCGAUUUCCGAAACAACCGCGAUGUCUGGGCCAUAGAUAAUAUUUACCUUGGCAACAGUUGCCCUUGGAUGUGUUCUGGACAUGGACGUUGUGAUAGAGGAUAUUGUGUAUGUGACCCAGGCUAUGCAGGAAGCUACUGUGUACCAAGUAUCCCAUUACCCAAGCAGCUCAAGGACAGCUUUGAUGGACCACCCAGGUUGGACUCGACUCGAUGGCUCUACAAGUAUGGCAGGAUCCGGGGCAGCACCCAAUGUGAUGGGGUAUUGGUGUCUGGCAAUGCUGCAAUUUUUAAUCAGCCCGGUGUGAGGAUGUUAGUAUCCCAAGAUGUGGAUGCUACUAUGAUGGAGUAUGUCCAGUUUACGUUCAAGUACAGUUGCUAUGACGAUCCGUCAUCUAGUCGAUCAUCUGCGGUUCUACUUCAGUAUUCCAUCAAUGGUGGUAUUACGUGGGAACUGUUGCAAGAACUUCCCUUUACUCCCCUUCCGGCAACAUUCUUCAAUAUCAAGCUUCCAAUGUUGUCCAAGACCAACUCGACCCGCUUCAGGUUCUGGCAGCCCCAGCACUCCCUUCAAGGCAAUGCAUGGGCCCUGGAUAACCUCGUCAUCGGGGGUAACUUCAUGACCCGAGGACCGCUCCAGGAGACCUUUGAACUCGGCCGCAUCAAUAACAAUGACUGGUUGUUCUAUCCAGGGGCGACAACACUGACUGAGCACUGCCCUCAACGUCAGAGGCAGGGUGUGUCGUAUCUACCACCAAGUCCGUAUGAGCUAUCAAGAGGGAACGGAUUGAGCUAUCGAAUUGGGAAUCAUCCAUCAUUGGUGUUUCCUCACAGUAUUGGAGAACACUCUGUGACAACUAGAGAUAUUGAUAUCGAUGAAAGUAGCAUCCUUCAGUUUGAGAUCAAUGUGGGAUGCACCAAUCAGUCGAGUGCUACCCAUCCAGUCAGGCUGGAGGUAUCCAGAGACUACGGUUCCUCCUGGAGUCUACUCUCACCAGACUGCUUCUCCAACCAGUCUACGUGUCUCUCAUGCUCUGAGCAUCUCACCACUCCCACAGUCUACUACAGUGGAGAGAAUGAGAGAUGGGUUCGGUAUACCAUUCUCCUCUCAAGACUUCAUGUUUGUGGAACUGUACGAUUCCGUUGGUACCAGGGCUUCUUCACAGCCCAGGAGAACCCCAAGCAGUGGGCCAUAGAUGGGAUCUACAUUGGACCAGGCUGUCCUCUCAACUGUAACGGACAUGGUUCCUGCGUCAAUGGAUUCAUGUGCCACUGUGACCCGGGUUACGGAGGACAGAUGUGCCACGCCCUACUACCAAACCCUUUCUUCCUCAAGGAAUCCUUUCAAAAUUCUGGAUCGUUAGACCGAAAGAAGUUCUCACAGUGGAGUGGAGCAGAGGUUACUCAGAAGUGUGGAACCUUGAUCACAGGAAAGAGCCUUCAUUUCACUGGAUCUGGGAGAAGAAUGCUUACAACGGUUGAUAUGGAUCUGACUAUGGCAAGUAUCAUCAGCUUCUACAUCCGGCUCGGUUGCUCCCAGCGUCCUCCGUCUCAACUGAAUCUACCCAUCAUCCUCCAGUCCUCGUCCAACGGUGGCAUCACAUGGGAUACCAUCCAGGAAAUGACCUUUGACCCCCAGAGCAAUGACCCUAUGUAUGUAGCCCUUCAGCUUCCUGCCGGGUCACACUCCAACGCUACCAGGAUCAGGUGGUGGCAACCAUCCAGGGACGGGGCUUACAUGGAUGAGUGGGCCAUUGAUCAGAUUUUUAUCGGUGGAUACAUCCAUGGUCAGAUGGUCCUUGAAGAUGAUUUCACCACAUCGCUUCAGAAUGACGAUGAUCAGAACUUCUCUCUUCAUGAUCAGAAUUGGCUCAUCUCACCUGGUAGCACCAUGGGCCAGGUGUGUGGUGUUGCUCAUAAUGCUCUACACUUUGCCAGCAAUGAACAGAUGAGAUACACCAUCACCUCUGAUGUCAUGGUAACAGACCACACCUUCCUGCAGUUUGAUAUCGCUCUGGGGUGCACUGCACAGGAGACAUGUUAUGGUAUACUCCUGGAAUACUCCCUUGAUAUGGGUAAGACCUGGGACCCCCUCCUCACUGAGUGCUUCCCAUCUCAAGUUGAAUGCACCAGCUAUCAUAUGAGGAGUGUUUAUCUGGCUGACAUCUACUAUGGAUGGAACAGAGUGACACUGCCUCUUCCACACUACACAAGAUCCAAGAGUACCCGUUUCCGUUGGAGCCAGCCACCUCGCUUUGACCCGGGUCACGAGUGGGCUCUGAGCAAUGUUUACAUUGGAGCAGAGUGCAGUGACAUGUGCCAUGGUCAUGGGCAAUGCAGCUCUGGAAUAUGCAUAUGUGAUCAGGGAUGGACUGGUCCCUCCUGCCAGCGACCCUCUGCACGUCUUCCUCAAUCUCUACGUGACACAUUCUCUGAUCAGCCUGUUAGUGGACAGGGUCAUUGGUCAAAGGUCGUUGGUGCAAGAGCAUCAACAUCCUGUGGACCAGUGGCUUCUGGGACUUAUCUUCAUUUCACAAAGUCCUGCAGCAGACAGCUGGUGACCUCGGACUUUGACUUGACCCAUGCAGACUACGUCCAGUUCUACUACCGCUUUGGUUGCCUGAAUCCCCCUCAGCAUCGGGAUGAAGGAGUCCUCCUGGAGUACUCAUUAGAUGGGGGCAUAACAUGGACCCUCCUCUUGGAGUUAUACUACCACCAGAACGGCAGAGAAAUAUUCGUGUCACUAGCCCUCCCUGCUGAAGCACGCCACAACGGCACCCGUCUGAAAUGGUGGCAGCCAUCUCACUCAGGCCCUGACACUGCUGACUGGGCCAUCGACAAUGUCUUCAUAGGGGGAUCAGCUACCCUACCUCACCUCCUGAGGGACUCUUUCUCGACGGAAAACAUCCAGGACCACUGGCUCUUCUCAGAUAACGCAGCUUUAGGAGAGUUCUGUACCCGCAAUGCUGGGCUUGGUGAUACAGGGAUGCAGCCUACAAGGGAUGGGGUAUCAUGGAUUGGAGGAAUCGAUGCAAUCGAGAGUUCAUCCUUGACGACCCAUGACAUGAUACUAAAGAAAGGAGAUGUACUAGAGUUCAAGAUUAGCAUCGGUUGUAACUCAUCUUGGGAUAGUCCAAUCCAGCCUAUCCAGUUAGUCUACUCCGUUGACCAUGGAUUGACCUGGUCACUGGUCACUCAAUCGUGUUUGCCCUCUGACCCGAGCUGCGGAGGUGAUGUGACCCUUCCCAGCGUCCUCUUUCUGUUCAAUGGAUGGAGGAGGCUGGUCACACCCCUCACAGACAAGAUGACAGGAAGACCGAUACGAUUCCGAUGGUACCAGGGGGCUACUUCCGCUCCCCACCCCGCAUACCAGCAAUGGGCUCUAGAUGAUAUCAGGAUAGGACCGCCCUGUACUCUCAUGUGUAGUGGGCAUGGAUCAUGUGACUAUCCAACAUGUGUUUGCGAUCCUGGUUUCCAUGGUGAUUCAUGUGAGAGGAGCUCCGGAUUACCGACUUUCCUGAAGGAGGAGGUUGUUGGCAGUAAGAUGUCUCCUAGCAACUGGCCUCUCAUCCAGGGUGGGGUCAUCACCAAGGGGAGCAGUGAGAGGACAUGUGGGGUCAUAAGAGAGGCAAGGUCGGUGUACUUCAGCGGGAGUGGUGCAAGGCUAGCUAUGACCACAUCACUAGAUAUCAGAGAUGCAAGAUUCAUCCAGUUCUACAUUGUAAUUGGAAGCCAGAGUAAUGCAGAGCAUUGUUUGACAGCGACAAGUCGACUUGAGUCUGUCAUCCUUCAGUACUCCACCGAUGGAGGAAUCAGCUGGACCUUGCUCAAAGAAUUGUAUUAUCAGCAGUACCAAACACCCAAACUGGAAUAUAUAUCCCUUCCCAUUAAGGCCAGGACACAUGCUACUCUGUUCAGAUGGUGGCAACAUCUUGCUCAGGCUCAAUGGGCUCUUGAUAAUAUUUUUAUAGGUGGCUCUGAGAUCAACCCAAGUACAUUAUCAGAAUCAUUCGAGCACGGACACCAGCAAAGCAUGAUUUGGGAGUUUUACCCUUACGGACAGAGGCAGCAAGAGGUUUGUCAUCAGCGCACUACCGCCCUCUUCUGGGCAAACGAGAGGAAUGGCGCUUUCGACAGUGCAGCCAUCACUCGACAGCUCAUAGUGGACAAGAAUUACAUGAUACAAUUUAAGAUCGUAGUUGGAUGUCAGAGCACCCCAUCGUGCAACUUGGAUUAUCCUAUCAUCCUAGAGUACACUGCUGAUCCUCACCAAGACCAUUGGACGGUCCUCAAACCAGCCUGUCUCCCUGGAGACGAAGAGGAUGUGAGAUGCGAUCCGUUUGGUUACCAUGACAGCAGCUCUUACUCAGAGAAUGGGUAUCAUCAGUGGCAGACUGUCACAAUGGAGCUUCCAAGAGAUACAGUGUCUGGCUCCACACAGUUCCGUUGGAUCCAGCAAGAUGCCUCUAGUCUGGCGCCCUCAUGGGCUGUGGAUGAUGUGUACAUUGGAGAGAAGUGUCCAAACAUGUGCAGCGGACAUGGGCAGUGCGUAGAGGGCCCAUCGUGCGUAUGUGAUCAAGGCUAUGAAGGAGACUCGUGUACCCCGUCCUUGCCACUACCAACAUACUUCCGCUACGGCGUUGAUCGUGGUCUCAUCCCAUCCAUGGACCCUUGGAGUAAGGUCAACGGAGGGGGCGAAGGUCACGGGUGCGGUCCUCUGACACCCCAUGCUCAUGGCAUGGCCCUGUAUUUCAGUGGGUGUGGUCUCAGACAGACAGUGACAGUAGAGCUGGAUACAAGACUCAUUGUGGAGAUUGGCUUUGUGUUGCAGAUCGGCAGCCGAGAUCCCAACAACACCGCCUGCCACAUCAACUACGCCUCCCCCACCAUCAGGAGCAAAGCCGUCCUCCUCCAGUACACCCUUGACAACGGCAUCCACUGGUAUCUGAUACAGAGCCACGCCCCUGGAGACUACAGCGAACCCACCAGGGUGUUGUAUGACCUACCCCGGGAGGCUAGGGGGCUUGGAGUCCGGUUCAGGUGGUGGCAGCCAAGACAUGACGGGGUGAAUCAAGAUCAGUGGGCACUGGAUAAUGUAGACCUUGUGAGUUUCAGCAGAAAGAAGCGUUCCUCACCAGCUGAAACCCUGAAGGUGUAAUGUCUUCCAUCAAGUUCUAACAAAAACAUCGGAUCAGUAAAGUAACGUCAGAUGCCAGCUUUAUGCUUAAGGUGCUCUCGUACAAAAUGCUCUCAGAAUUAACAGAAAUGUAGAUAAAUGUAAAUGUAAAUAUAAGAAUAUAGAAAUACAUGUAGAAUCUCUUUCCGUGAGUUGUUUCAGUGAGAUUUUUUUUAUUAUACCAAGUUUACACCUUUGAGAAAUAAACCAAGCAUUCCAAGUGACUUUAUUGGACCUCCACAUAUUAAGUAUUAUUUCAACUCGGUCAUAUAUGUGAUGUGCUUAGGACCAACAUAUUUGUAUGGAUAACUUCCAUGAAUUUUUACUCAUGUACAACUGACAGCUUACUGGUAUGUUAUUUAUUACAUUUGUUUUUUUACCUUUAAUACAUGUAGUGAAUUUUUAAAAACUUUUGUACAUUUUUUAUCCAAAUAUGGCUCAUUAUAUUGUAUUUUCAAUACAACAAGUGUCUUAAACAAAAUAUAGCUGUACUUUUAAGCAUUAAAAGAUGUUUUUAAUGAAUUGAUGAAAUGGUCCAAGACUAGAAGCAUCAGAGUUACUUGGAAUGGUGUCUUAUUAAUUGUAAGUGCAUUUUGAUGGGCUUGUAUUUGAUAGCCACAUUUUGAUUAAAAAGAAAAAAUGUAUGAAAAGAUGAAUGGAUUAUGUGACAUGUGAACAUACAUGUAUGUGGAUAUUCAAGUAUUGAGCCCUUGCACAUCGGCAUGACUGAUUUGAGCUAAUCUUGAGCUCUAUGGUAUGGGAAUCGUAUUUUGAGAGAUAAUUGCUCUGAUCCUGCAGUAGAUUGGUUGUCUGAACCAGUGAAACAAAAACAAAGGCACAACUUACUGGGCAUCACCUUCGAUAAAAACCACAACUCCCAUUUGCACGUAAUGACCUGUGUUUAAUAAGCACAUGGUGCCUGGCCUAACUUAAUUACCUGGAUUUCCUUAUCUUUUUAUGCUCAUUUCUCGGCAACUAUACAUUUUCUACCAAAAUUGUUUGGCACAUGUUAUGUAUUUGUAAUCUUCACCAUUUAGUGCAAGUUUCGUCAGAUUUUGUGAGAAUUUUUUAAAUUUUAUAAACCGGUACCAGAACUCAAGUUUA